CAGACCCCAAAAGCAUCUUCUCGGUUCCAGAGGUUUUCAGUUGAGACAGUCCUGGUUAUAUGUUUUACUGGGCAGAGCGACCUAUAUAUGGAUUCUAGAGCAGAUUAGGCUGCUUACCCCAUUGGAAAACCUGACGACAGGCGCUUACUCAAGCGGCUCUAAUCACUAGACUUGGCCAGGCCUCUCUUCAACUGUGGAGGUCACAGCCAGCAAGACGCCUCUCCGUCUUCAACUGACAAAUGCCUUCCUAAUUCCUUGCUAAGAAUAACAUAGUUCAGGGACGUAAUGAGCUGCUUGGAAGAUGUACCUUUCAGAGUGACCGUAAGCUUUGUGGAUGAUCCUGUGGGAGAUGCCAGCUUUGCUGACCAGCCCGAGAUUGAGCUGCCCACGUGUGCAGAGGUCUUAUCAUGCACAAUGCAUGAUUUUUCACUGGAGAAAAAGGUCCUCUACUGGCUUGACUCUGCCUCACGGCAGGAGAUUCCCUGGUUUAAUGUAACUGCGAAUACGUAUCCCACAGCCCCUCCGUGCUGGCUCCUGUUGGUGGACCCUAAAGAAAACGUGGCCGGCAGCCACAAGGCAACAGGUUGCAAAUCCAAGGAAAUGACACGUGUCCAAAGCUGUAUGAAUCUGGGCACUGAGUUUGAGAUGCUCCACCGCGCUGGGAGCGGAGAGGAGGUGACUGAAAGGGGGAAUUUAGAUCAGGGUCCUGAGGACCAGAAAAGUUCAGAAGGCACAGAGUCUUCCUCAGCCACCUCUGAAGAACACGACAGUGGAGAACAUUUAGCGUCAAUGCCCGGUGCUCUACCUCAGCUUUUCGAUCUUCCCCAAAGCAGACCGAAGACAUCACCAGGGCAUCUAAGUGCUGCCUCAGACAGCAGUUGCCCGAGGCCACUUUUGGGCAAACAGAGGCAAUCCACGUAUUUUUUAAGCAAUGUGAAGAAUGAGUUGGAAGGCGCCAAGAAGAAGCUGAUGGCCAUCAUGCAUCCCUUAAACCAAACUGCCACAGACUCUGCCUUGGUUUCGAAGGCUUUCUCUCUCCACCAGCACUCCAGAAACAGCAGGAGCUUCAGAUUCGGACCCGGUUCCCCUCCUCGCUUCACACAGACUUUAAACCCCACCCCACCAGCCACUUCCAGUCGUAAGCCGAGUCGGCUUCAUUCAGCAGGGCUUAUCCGUCCCAUCCAACACCAUAAACCUACCGUGGCCGCUCUCAGCCCGUAUUCCUGCCUCCCACCCGCUCCAGGGACCCAGCAACCUCUUAGUCCCCACAGAUCUCACCCUGACUCCACCGCCGAUCUGCUCUCGGUGCUGAGCCAAGAGGAACGCGAAUUGAUUGAACCGGUUGUAGCCUUGGGCUAUCCGAUCCGCCGAGCGAUCCUCGCUCUGCAGAAGACGGGGAGACGAAACUUAGGCCAGUUUCUCAGUUAUCUGAGUGCCUGUGACAGACUUCUGAAACAGGGUUAUGAAGAGGGCCAGGUUAUAGAGGCAAUGGAAAUGUUCCAGAACUCAGAGAAAAAGGAAACGGGUUGCUAGCUGAAGGAACAAUCUUGGCAGGCGUCCCCCAGCUCCAUGCAAGGGCAAGUCUUUUUCUUCGGAAGCCCUGAGACUUAAAAUACUUCACAUUGAACUGAAGUCCAACACACUGGCCGAAAUUCCAGGAGACCAUAUCCCAAAUGUACUAGAUCCCUGUUUCUCUUUUUUCCAUAUUUCCCCUCUGGGCAUCCCUGGCCUUCUGAUGGAUUAGAGGCUUUUUCUGCUUGUAGGUCUGUCCCAUCUACUACCCCUACCAAGGCCUGUCCUGCCCGAAUAAUCUUGUUGCCACUAAGGAGUAGGCGAAAACUUCAUUGCUUACCAGUCAUACAGCCUCAAGCCCAGCUAAGUACCAAGAAGACAAGACCACGGUUUCUGGUGCAAUUGCUGAAGUUUGCCCUAAGUAUCUUCUUGGGGCUUUCUUCCCUUUGCAUGAACCAUCAUGAUCCUAUGACGGUUAGAUCUGGCUCCACCACAGGAAGUCUGGAAAAAUUAAAAAGCGGGCUAUCCAGAAAAGUCCAGAUGUGAUGUAAGAUGGCCACCGCUCA